CCGAUUACUCUGAUUCCCUAUAGAGUAAGGUAAUUCAAUAAAAUUCCAAUCAAUCUGAACUUAACUAAUUUUUUCCAAGAUGAAUGGACUCUUAAAAUUUACAGAACUGAACUAUUAAGUAAAUUUUAUCUCAUAUCCACAUAUUACCCAUUAUCAGAGCUGUGGUGGAACAAUGGUUAAAAUGCAGUACUGCAUGCUACUUCUGCUGACUUCCAGCUGCCAGCAGUUCGAUUCUCUCUGGCUCAAGGUUGAAUCAGCCUUCCAUCCUUCCCAGGUCAGUAAAAUGAGGACUCAGAUUGUUGGGAGCAAUAUGCCAACUCUGUAAACCACUUAGAGAGGGCUGUAAAGCACUGUGAAGCAGUAUAUAAGUCUAAGUGCUAUUGCUAUCAACAUAAUAAAACCAAGAACUUUAGAUUAGAAGCUUUGACUUGCAUUUUUUAAAUUUUUAUCUGCUCUGUUGAUUUUGCUACAAUCUAUAUUAACUCAUCCAAAGAAUUCAAGUAACUUGACUAAAAAUAUUAGCACAGUAGCAUUAAUAGCUACUGAGGUUGACAAUUAAGACACUGUUAUGCAUCUGUUCUUUAUUAUAUUCACAUCUGUUUCAGUAUGAGGAAUAAAGGUAAACUAGAAAUCCAAGUACAUGAGGGCAGGUACCAUAUUGUUGCUAUUACCAAAACUUGGGAUGAAACUCAUGAAUGGAAUAUACAGCAAGAGGGAAGAUUCUGGAAAAUAUAAUCAAGUAACAAAUCUGCAAAUACCUAGAGGCAAACAAAGUCAUAAUUAGAAGGCAAUAUUGAUUUCUCAAAAACAGAUCAUGCCAGACAAAUCUUAUUGCAUUCUUUGACAAUGUGACAAAAUUAGUGGAGCAGCAAAUUGCUGUGGAUAUCAUUUACUUGGACUUCAGUAAGGUAUUUGAUAAAGACCACAACCUACUUGAUAAAAUAGAAAAAUGUGAGUUAGAUAGCAUCACCCCGAGAUGGAUUUGUAACUGGCUGACCAACCACUCCAGUGAUGGGUUCUAACCGGUGUUACCACUGGUUCGUUUCACGCACGCGCUUUGUCUCUCCUGAACCAGGAGAACCAGUAGCAACCUACCACUGAACCAUGCCCAAUAGUAGUACUUAAUGGAACUGAAUUUACAUGGAGGGAAGCUUGCAGUGCAGUAACUCAAAGCUCUGCCUUAGACCAAAAUUUUCAAAAUCUUCGUAAGAUUUAGAUAAGGGAAUAGGUGAACUCAUCAAAUUUGCAGAUGACACCAAACUGGCAUAGCCAACACUCCAGAAGAUAGGCUCAAGAUGUAGAAAGAUCUUGACAGAUUUGAAUAUUGGACCCUAUCUAACAAAAUGACAUUCAAUGAAAAAAGUAAGGGUCUACAUUUAGGCAAGAAAAACCAAAUGCACAGCCAUAGAAUAGGUGGUACCCUGCUCAAUAGUACUAACUGUCUUGAUUUAGCUAGAAUCCUGAUGGACAAUCACUUGAAUAAGAGCCAGCAGCUGCCGCUGCCAAAAAAGCUGCCAAAAGCCAAUGCAGUCCUAGGCUGCAUUAACAGGAUGAAUCAAGAUCACAAUAUCCUAGCAUCACUUUAUAAUCCAUUGGUAAGACCAUAACUGGAACAGUGCAUAGUUUUAGUCACGAUAUAAAAAAAGAUGUUGAGACUCUGGAAAGAGUGAAGAGAAGAGCAACAAAGAUGAUUGGGGGACGGGAGGCUAGGGGUGACAUGAUAGCCGUGUUCCAAUGUUUGAGGGGCUGCCACGAAGAAGAGGGGUGGGUGACAACUUAUUCUCCAAAGCACAAGAAGGCAGAACAGGAAACAAUGAAUGGAAACUAAUCAAGGAGAGAAGCAAGCUAGAACUAAGGAGAAAUUUCCUGACAGUGAGAACAAUUAAUCAGUGGAACGACUUGCCUCCAGAAGUUGUAAAUGCUCCAACACCGGAAGUGUUUAAGAAGCGACUGGGCAACCAUUUGUUUGAAAUGAUAUAGGGUCUCCUGCCUGAGCAUGGGGUUGGACUGGAAGACCUCCAAGGUCCUUUUCAACUGUUAUUCAGCCGAGGAACUCAAAUGGAGACGGUGCUGGCUCUUUUCCUUUAUUUCAAGGAUCUCUACUUCGUACACAGCUUCGAAACUGGAUUUAGACUAAGACUGUACUUCCGAGGAAAGAGGCGGCCUUCCCAUGGUCCGAGAUUGUUGAUAUUGUUAUUGGAAAAGAUGAGAAAGGAAGAAAGGUCCCAGAAUAUCUGAUCCAUUUUAAUGGUUGGAAUAGAAGUUGGGACAGAUGGGCAGCUGAAGAUCAUGUACUUCGUGAUACUGAUGAAAACCGCAGAUUACAGCGCAAAUUGGCAAGAAAAGCUGUGGCUCGCAUGAGAAGAAAAGGAAAGAAAGGGCGUUGCAGAUUGCCAGGUGUUGAUUCUGUACUGAAGCUCCUUCCUACUGAAGAGAAUGAAAAGACUAGUGAAAAUUCUAUAAGUAGUUCUGAUGAUGAUGAUAGUGAUGAAGGAACAGAAGAAGAGCUAAAGAGUGAAGAAAGUGACAUUGAUGAAAAGAUAGAAAUGAAAGAAGAGCAAGAGACUCAUUCUAAAAGAGAUAUGGAAGAAAGAGCAAUAAACAUUGAAAUUCCUGAAAUCUUGAAAAAGAAACUUGAAGAGGAUUGUUACUAUAUUAACAGACGAAAGCGGCUUGUGAAACUGCCAUGUCAGACAAAUAUAAUAACCAUCUUGGAAUCAUACGUAAAGCAUUUUGCCAUUAAUGCAGCUUUUUCAGCCAAUGAGAGAUCCCGACACCAUCAAAUGACUUCGCAUACCAACUUGAAUCUCCAUUAUAUCCCACCAGAAAAAAAUGUUGAAUUAUGUAAAGAAAUGGUGGAUGGCCUAAGAAUAACCUUUGACUUCGCUCUUCCUCUUAUUCUACUGUAUCCUUAUGAGCAAGCACAGUUUAAGAAGGUGACAUCCUCCAAAUUUUUUCUACCAAUAAAAGAGAGUGUAGCAAAUUCUAACAGAAAUCAAGAAGAGCUUUCUCCAAGCCCACCUCUUCUGAAUCCAUCAACUCCACAAUCCACAGAUAGUCAGCCUGUAACAGGAGAACCUGCAACACCUAAACGCAGAAAAACUGAACCUGAAAUUUUGCAGUCUCUAAGACGUUCUACGCGUCACACAUCCAACUGUGAUAGGCUGUCAGAAAGCAGUGCUUCUCCACAGCCAAAAAGGCGGAAUAUUGAGACUCCUGCUUCAAUGCCAAAAUUGUUUUUGCAUCUUGAAAAAAAAACUCCUGUCCACAGUGGGUCGUCAUCUCCUAUUACGCUAACCCCUAGCAAAGAGGGUAAUGCAGUAUUUGCUGGAUUUGAAGGCAGAAGAAAUAAUGAAUUGAAUGAGGUGUUGUCAUGGAAACUCAUGCCAGAAAGCUAUCCUCCAGGCGAUCAGCCGCCACCACCUUCUUACAUUUAUGGAUCUCAACAUUUGCUGCGCAUGUUUGUAAAGCUUCCAGAGAUACUUGGGAAGAUGAGCUUUUCUGACAAAAAUCUAAAAGCUUUAGUAAAGCAUUUUGAGUUGUUCCUAAGGUUCCUAGCCGAGUAUCAUGAUGACUUCUUUCCAGAGUCAGCUUAUGUAGCAGCCUGCGAGGCCUAUUAUACCACCAAAAAUCCACGUGCUGUCUACUGAAACUGGAUGCAGUCAGUUGUACAAAUUGGGCAUGUUCCAUGUCUCCUAUUACUUCAAGAUCAAGAAAAAUUGGAAGAUAUAAUUAUAAUAUCACAAAGGCUUUCUACAAUGUUGUUCUUUUGACAUAAAGAAAAUUUCAUUUCAUUUCAGAGCUAUGCUGAUGUUGCAUUCUAGCACUCACCAGAUAAAUGAAGCUCUGCAUUAACUGUUAAUGCAUGGAACUGCAUACAAAUAAAGUAAGAAAAAGGAAGGGUUGCAUUGGAAACAGACUUCAAAAGAACUAAUUCAUCCUGUGUUCCACAUUAUUAUAGCCUUGCUUCAGGCUGACCUCUCAUCAUUUCUAUUUAAAAAGUGAAUGCAGUUGCAUUGUGCAGGUUGUUCAUAUUUUUUUUCUAUAAAAUCUGUAAGAAACCACUUCUAUGUUAGUAUCCUUUAUAUCUCAAGUGAUUAAGUAUGAGGGAUGGACUUGAGGAUACCGUCAAGGAAGCACUGUUAAUUCUCUGUAGGUCCAUUUCACAGUGACAAAAUAGCUUUGAUUGGAAUUAAUAAAUCCCAUAUGUUGUUUGAAUUGCUUUAGGGGGUUAGGGUUUUUGGUAUUUAAGAAGAGGAUAUACUUCAUAAUUUUUGGAAGAAAGAAUGAUGAAGUGAUAGUUACUUGGCAAAAUUUUGGAUCUGGAAAUACUUGAGUUUUGUUUUAAUUUUAUAGUUCUUGCUUGUAAAUCAACUAGAAUUUAUUUCUGAAAGUAAGAGAAGAAUCAGAAUAUUUUGUUCAUGUUAACAAAAGCUAACUGACUUCUAAACCAGAAAAAAUUGAUAAAUAUGGAAGUGUCAUGCUAUCAUUCAGUUAGUCCAGUCUUAUAUUGGUCUUAUAUCAUCUUGAGAAGUCCAUUAAUUUCACUAGGAUUAUUAUGGUCAACUCAUCUGAUACAUUACAAAUAUAAUGUGCUUGCAUGAGGCAAGCUAACUAGAACAGGAGUCCCAAUUCCUGGGUCAAGGCCCACUACCAGGCCGCAGCCUGUUCAAAACUGGGCUGUGGGAGAGAUGGGUAAGCAUGUGCAAGUGUGAAACUCCAUUUGUGUGAAUGGCAGGCAAGCGUGCAUACGAAGCUCCAUUCGCAUGAGCGGAGAGCACUUGUGCUCAUGCAAAGCUCCUUUUGUGGGAAUGGAGGUUCACGUGCAAGUACAAGUGCGCUGGGCCAACUAGCUGGAAAGGUUGGGGACUGCUGAAAUAGAAUACUUUAUAUUGUACUCUGCCAAUUGGAUAAUUAAGCCUGAUGAAGUAAUCCUAAUAAGUAAUGGCACCCUAACUGUCUUAUUUUAGAAAUUCAGAGCAUAAGCUCAAGUAGUUAAUAGUUAAAAACAGGAAUAACAGUUGUGAUCUCUGUGAUGAUAUGGACUAUAGCUGCAACCUCAACCAGCAGAGCUAAAUGUUGAAAAAUCUCAGCACAGAAACUGUAGAAAAAAAAAUUUGUUGAUACUAGUCUUCAACACUCAGGUCAUGCUUUGUAAUGCCUGCCAUUCAGCUUCCAAAUUCUUGCUGUUACAUAGAUAAUUUUUUUUAAAAAGCAUGUUAAUAUAAAUGGGUGCAAUUAUCUUAAUGCCCUUAAAUAAUAUUUGAAUGGACACCUGUUAAAAAAUGUGUGACCAGCUCUAAUUUGUGAGCUGUUAUUUUGGUGCUAAAUUGAGUAUAAAUGUGUUGGUUGAUUGAUUGCAUGCACUACUUUUUUGACAUAAGUCCUAAAUCUUAAAACAAAUUUAGACUUUGGGUUGCAGGCUUGUGAGUGAAGCAUUUAUUAAGUUUGGUGUAAAAUACUGUUUUAAAGAUAUAAUUAAAUAUUAGUGUUGUAUGAAUGUAGAAUAAUAAAUAACAUUUUUGUCAUUCUGUUUUCAGCAUGUUUGAAUGCUAACCACUGUAUUUUAUUGCAUCCAAAUCAUGCAUGGUGUCAGGCACAAAUAACCAGGAGCAUUAACUGAGUUCAAAACACAGAAGAGUUUGUUGUUACUCACGCACAAGAAUCAAGUUAACUAACAGUCAAAACUAAAUUGGUACUAGGUAAGAGUCAACGGUAUUCAUGGGGUGGGGGGUGGGGGGCUAAACUUGGCUCUUUUGUGACAACACAGUGACUCCAAACUGAUGAUAAUUUAACUCUGCCUUCCAGCUCAGCCCACUUUUCUCCUACACAUAGUAAUAUAAAACCGGCCUACAAUGGCUAAAUUGACCCAAUCCCUUAUGCUUUAGAUGGGAAUGGGAAUGGGAAGCAUUUGUAUGUACAGGAACACAAAAUACUUCAUGUGAGUUCAGCAUUUGAAAAUACUUCAUUCCAUCUUUCUUAUUUGAUGUUCAAUAUAUUCAUUUUUCUUAGCUGUGCUCUCACUUUCACAUGUCUAUAGUAUGCAAUGGUAAGUAAAUUUUCCCACAAAGAUACACCACAUUGAGGUAAGAUUUUUCAUAGAUAGAAAUGGCUGAUUUCUUUUCUGAUU